AGAGCCAAACCCAUCGUAAAAGAUAUUGGACUCGAAAUUGUUUGAAACUAUUUAUAUAUCAUAAGGUAUUGUCGUGUCAUUUACUCUAUCAAUGAUUAUUGUAUUGAGUUUAGUGCUCAGGGAUUAGUUUUUUGGUAGACUGGAGUAGAGUGAGAGUCUAGUUUAGACACUACUAUACUAUACUGUGGUGUAGAGUCUGUGCAGUCCAAAGACAGUCAGACGAGUGAACAGACAUUCAAAGAGUAAGGGCGUCUCAAACGCCAAAUUUCACAAUAAAAUAGCCAUAAAAUGUAUUUAUAAUAAUAAUAAUAAUAAUUGACAUAAAAAUAUCAGCUUUUAAUUCAUCAGUCAGUGAUUUGUAGCAUUCAUUUGCAUCAUUCAUACACUUCAUAUCAAAUACCUUAUCAACGGAUCCUGAAUUCAAUGAUAUUCUCAAUUGACAAACAAAUCAUCGGAAUACUAAAUACUAAUAACAAAUAAACAGCAAAAACAAUGGUUAUCGAAAAGAUUUGUUGUGUGGGUGCGGGUUAUGUCGGUGGACCCACCUGUACGGUCAUUGCCAAUAAAUGUCCAGAUAUUAGGGUUUGUGUCGUCGACUCCAAUACCGAUAGAAUAGCGAAAUGGAAUUCAGAUGAACUGCCUAUUUAUGAGCCAAAACUCGAUGAUAUUGUUCGCGAAUGUCGCGGAAGAAAUCUCUUCUUUUCGAACAAUCUUAAGGAAGAGAUAGAAAAGGCGGAUAUUAUCUUCAUAUCAGUGAAUACGCCGACAAAAACUUUUGGUUUUGGCAAAGGAAAGGCCGCCGAUUUGCAAAACCUGGAAAACGUGGCCCGACUUAUAGCCAACUAUUCAACCAAAAGCAAAAUAGUGGUCGAAAAAAGUACUGUACCGGUGAGGGCGGCUGAAAGUCUCAACAGGAUAUUAAAGGCAAAUACAAAACCUGGUAUUAGGUUUGAUGUACUUUCAAACCCUGAAUUCUUGGCCGAGGGAACAGCUAUUGCCGAUCUUCUGAAUCCGGAUCGCAUUCUCAUCGGUGGUGAAGAGACACCAGAAGGUCGUCGAGCAAUACAAUUGUUGUGUUCGGUGUAUUCAAAAUGGAUUCCAGAGGAGAAAAUCAUCACAACUAAUACGUGGUCUUCAGAGUUGUCUAAAUUGGCUGCCAAUGCAUUUCUUGCACAACGAAUCUCAUCGAUUAACGCCAUUUCGGCCAUCUGUGAGGUAACCGGUGCUGAUGUGUCAGAAGUAGCUCAUGCGGUCGGAUCUGACACACGCAUUGGCUCCAAGAACCUUAUGGCUGGUGUUGGCUUUGGUGGCAGUUGUUUCCAAAAAGAUAUCUUGAAUUUAGUUUAUCUCUCGGAAUGUCUUAAUCUGCCAGAAGUUGCCGCAUAUUGGAGUCAGAUAAUAGAGAUGAAUGACUUCCAGAAAAGACGAUUUGCUUUAAGGAUCAUUGAAUGUCUUUUCAAUACCGUUACCAACAAGAAGAUUGCAAUCUUGGGUUUUGCCUUUAAGAGCAAUACGGGUGACACUCGUGAGUCUCCGGCUAUUUUGGUUUGCAAAUACCUGUUAGAAGAAGGCGCUCGACUCUGCAUUUAUGACCCUAAAGUGCCUAAACAACAGAUCUAUUCGGAUUUGAAAGUUGCAGACAAUGCAGAAAAUGAAAAAUUUAAAAACUUGAUUGAAGUGGUAGAUAAUCCAUACAAAGCUACAGACAAAGCUCAUGCCAUUGUCAUCUGCACUUCUUGGGAUGAGUUUCUGAAACUUGAUUACAACAAAAUGUAUGACCAAAUGCUUAAACCUGCCUUUGUUUUUGACGGACGAAAAAUGGUUAAUAUCGAAGAACUACAAUCCAUUGGCUUUCAUGUCGAAACAAUCGGCCGAAAGACAUCCAAACAACCGUUUAAGACACGUAUCACUCGAUACAUAUCUUCCGAUUGAUGACUAAUACAAUUAUAUAUGAAAAUAUGACUAAAAAU